AUGAAUGACAAGAAGAAAACAAAGAAAUAUGUCAAAGCGGUAGAGAGUGCCUCUACUUCCGAAGAUGAAAGUGACAUGCACACCGUGCAUGUAAUGAGCGUGGACGGGAAGUCAGGGUGUUACUGGGUCACACCAAAGUUAGAGGGUCACCCAGUCAAAAUGCAAAUAGAUACUGGAUCACAGGCAUCGCUUGUGUCUUACCAAGUCUAUAAACAGUGUUUGAGACACCUUCCAUUAAGACCAUCAGACACUGUGUUCAAAGCGUACACUGGACACAAAGUGCACAUGAAAGGAAUGACUGACAUUACUGUGCAAUGCAAGGAUCAAACUGCUAAACUUCCAGUGUAUGUCACAAAAGGGAAUUUUGCUUCCAUCAUGGGACGACUGUGGAUUAAUGCACUUCGUGUAAAUUGGCUAGAAGUUCGGCAGCUGUCAGACGGUUCUUCACAACUACAAGUCAUUCUGGACAAGAAUGAAGAGGUUUUCCGUGAGGAAUUGGGCAGCAUGAAGGACAUUACAGUGAAAUUGCACAUUAAACCAGGAAGCAAACCUGUGUUUAUGAAGGCUAGGACAGUGCCGUAUGCUAUUCGUGACAAAGUCGAGGCUGACCUGGAUGCGUUGGUCAAAAGUGGUGUUUUGGAACCAGUCACCACCAGCGGAUGGGCGACACCAAUUGUGCCGGUUCCGAAAAAGAAUGGCGGAAUUCGCACAUGUGGCGAUUUUAAAGUGACUUUGAAUCUGGUGCUUUGUGUGGAGCAGUACCCACUUCCAUUGAUCGAUGAUUUGUUUGCAGGUCUGAGCGGUGGUCAAAAAUUCAGCAAAAUUGACCUCAACCAAGCUUAUCUGCAGAUGCAUGUGGAUGAAGAAUCACGGGAGUGGUUGACAAUUAACACGCACAAGGGACUUUUCAGAUAUUGCAGAUUACCUUUUGGCAUCACAUCUGCUCCUGCUCUGUUUCAACGGGCUAUGGAUCAAAUUUUGAGUGGAUUGCCGGGAGUACAAUGUUACUUGGAUGACAUUCUCUGCACCGGUGCCAACGACGAGGAGCAUCUUCGCAACCUGGAUGCUGUCUUAAAAAGGCUAAGGCAGUAUGGUCUUCGAGUGCGCAAGGAAAAAUGUGAAUUUUUGAGACCAUCGGUGGAGUAUCUCGGCCAUGUGAUAGACCACGAAGGACUACACAAGGCUCCAUCAAAGACAAAGGCAAUUGUGGAUGCACCCGCCCCAGAAAAUGUGAGUCAGCUUAGAUCUUUUUUAGGUCUAUUAAACUAUUAUGGACGGUUUAUUCCCAAUUUGGCAUCACUUCUUAAACCAUUGCAUGAGCUGUUGUGCAAGGAUGUAAAAUGGAAAUGGACGACUGAGUGUAACAAAGCUUUUCGUAAUGCGAAAACCGCCCUGAUUUCAUCAGAGGUUCUCACUCAUUUCAACCCUUCAUAUCCAAUACAGCUGGCAUGUGACGCUUCACCCUAUGGGGUGGGUGCUGUCAUCUCCCAUGUGUUCCCGAACGGGGAUGAAAGACCAAUUGCUUUCGCAUCAAGAACACUUAACAAAGCAGAGUCAAACUAUGCUCAAUUGGAACGAGAAGCAUUGAGCAUUAUUUUUGGUGUGAGGAAGUUCCACCAAUAUUUGUAUGGAAGGAAGUUUACUCUGUUAACGGAUCACAGACCGCUGACAACGAUUUUGGGACCUCAUACAGGAAUCCCUUCACUGGCUGCUGCACGUCUUCAGAGGUGGGCUUUGUUGUUAUCUGCUCACUCAUACGACAUCAAGUAUCGUAAAUCUGAUUUGCAUUGCAAUGCUGAUGGACUUUCGAGGUUGCCGCUUCCUGUCACAAAACAUGAACCUACCUCAGUGGACAUAUUCUAUUUCCGAAAUGUUGAACAUGCACCAAUUUCAGCGUCGCAGGUGAAACGUGCAACUCGGAACGACCCCGACCUGUCAGUCGUCAUGGACAUGGUAAUUAAAGGACAAACCAAGUGUGACAACGCCGCUCUCAAACCUUUUUUGGAUAGGAGAUGGGAACUUUCUGUUCAAUCGGGUUGUUUGCUGUGGGGGAGGAGAGUGAUUGUGCCACAGUCAUUGCGUGCUAAAAUGCUUGCGCAACUGCAUGCAGGUCACAGUGGUAUUGUUAAAAUGAAAGAAAUGGCGAGAAGUUAUUUUUGGUGGCCAGGAUUAGAUAAACAGAUCGAAGAGACGGUAAAAACUUGUUCAUCUUGCCAGAAGAUUCGCAACAAUCCACCUGCAGCCCCACUUCAUCCUUGGGAUUUUCCUCAGGACCCUUGGCACCGCAUUCACAUUGACUUUGCGGGGCCUUUUGAAAAUCGAAUGUUUCUGGUUGCUGUCGAUGCCCAUAGUAAGUGGCCAGAGGUCGCUAUCAUGAAAUCAACCACAUCGGAAAAGGCAAUUGAGAAGUUAGGGGAGAUGUUUAGUCGUUUUGGAGCCCCUGCACAACUCGUCUCAGACAAUGGGCCCCAAUUUGUGUCAAAAGAAAUGGGUGAAUUCCUGCAAGCCAAUGGGGUUCAACACAUUAAGUCGGCUCCCUAUCACCCGGCAACCAACGGCUUGGCAGAGAGGUUUGUGCAGACCCUCAAACAUGCUCUCAAAGCAUCACAAGGGCAAAGUACACUCCAUCAGAGACUACACGAAUUUCUCCUCAAAUACCGAACAUCUGUGCAUGCAACUACCAAAGUAUCGCCAGCGAGCCUCAUGUUUUUUCGAGAGAUACGAACUGGCAUGGAUCUUCUGAAACCACCAACCCUGAGCGAGAUUGUUCAAAUGGAUCAACGGAAGCAAGUCAAGUACAGAGACCUGCAUUCCAAGAACCGAGUUUUUGCACCUGGUGACUCUGUUAUGGCCCGGAGUUACCAGAGUAAGGAAAAUCUACACGUUUAUGUCAUCUCUCAGUCGCUUUCCAAGUACUCCAACAGCGACGUCAUCGUCUAUGUCGGCUGUGGGGAGCGCGGUAACGAAAUGUCGGAAGUGCUGCGAGACUUCCCUGAGCUGACAAUGGAAGUGGAUGGUAAGACUGAGAGCAUCAUGAAGCGGACGGCGCUGGUUGCCAACACCUCCAACAUGCCCGUAGCUGCCCGAGAAGCCUCCAUCUACACAGGCAUCACACUUUCUGAGUAUUUCCGAGACAUGGGAUACAACGUCAGCAUGAUGGCCGACUCCACGUCCCGAUGGGCCGAAGCUCUCAGGGAGAUUUCGGGACGUUUAGCUGAGAAAGCCUGCGUACCUGGCCAAGACAGACGUGCACGGGCACGCACGCACGCUCGGACGCGCACCGGCACGCAAGGAAGGAUCGGACUGGCUAGGAGGCAAUCGGGACGCGGCCACCAUCAAGAGGAGGCGGCAGAGAAGCACGACGACGUGAAUAGACUUGAUCAACGCAUCUACCAAGCUAAGGCGCAGCCACAAGCCGGAGCAGCAGCCGCGGCAAGGGACGCCAAGGGUCACGAGGAGACGCCGCAGGCUUAA